GGCACAUGCGCAGUCGAGCCAUAACAUUCGCUCGCCAUUUUGAAGCGAGUGGAGCGGUCUGGAGUCCGUUUGCUACUGACGGAAAACACGGGGAAACAUGUCUUUCUUCGCGGAUAACUUCUGGGGGGAGAAAAACAAUGGUUUUGAUGUGGUGUACCAUAACAUGAAACAUGGACAGAUCUCAGUCAAGGAGAUGGUGGAAUAUCUACGAGAAAGUGCCAGUGUCCAGGAGUUGAACUCCAAGUCCUGGAACAAGCUGGCCAAGCAAGCUGCUAACAGCAGUCAACAAGGGACGUUCUCUCCCGUGUGGCAGAUCAUCCGUAUGAUGAAUGAGAAGAUGGCUACCGUGUACACUGAGCUGGUGCACAGGCUACAGGAGGUGGCCAAGGAACUACAGAAGUACGGCGAGGAACAGCGCAACAAACACAAGUCUGUAAAAGAAGAAGUCCAACCUACAGCAGACGUGGUCACAAGUUUCCAGGGCACAACAGCUGCUGUCCUCAAGGCAAAAGAAAACUACAACACAAGAUGUCUUGAGUACGAGAGGUUAAAGAGAGAAGGAGCUAGUCCAAAGGAAGUAGAGAAGGCAGAGGCGAAGUUUACAAAAGCAAAGGAAGACUACACACAACUAGUUGAAAAGUACGAGAACACUAGAGUAGAUUUUACCAAGAAAAUGACAGACACAAGCAAUCAAUUUCAAGAAAUAGAAGAAAUCCACCUUAGUUAUAUGUUUGACAUCAUCGCAAAAUACGCCCAGUGUUUCCACCAUGCACACUUCACUAUAAUGCAGAUCGAAGAAGACUUUAAAACACAAUCAGCAGAACUAGGCAUCCAGAAACUCAUACAGAACUUUGCUGAAGGCAAAGGAACAGGCACGGAAAAGCCAGCUGCAAUAGAGUUUGAGGAGUGUGACCUGUCCUCCCUCCCACCGGCCAUCUCCAUGGAGUCUGUAGAGAACAACGGAAAGGAAACCCCGGUAGUAGAGAAGGCAGUCGACAAACUCACCAAGAAGAAAGAAAGUUUCUUGAAGUCCAAGAAGAAAAAAGACAAGAAGAAGAAGAAGAAAGAUCAGACAGAUAAUGUGUCCACUGGUUCACCAGACAGAGAAGAUGGAGAGGUGGUUCCACCCGAUGUGCUGGUUGAUGAUGAAGGUUACAGAAUCAAACCUUCAGAAGAGCCACAAAAUGCAAAGAGAAAGGACAGCUUCUAUUCCAGCAGUGAUGAAGACUCGGAUGAGGAGGGGGUUGGUGGGAAAUUCCGCGUGGAAAUCAAACCUCCUGUCGUGAAGGACAGACACGCCACGGCCGGAGACUCGCUGGAAGAGCUCAAAGCAACCGUAGGAGGGUUAACUCUCUCACCCUCCCCAGCAGCUUCUGUGAAGCUGCGUAAGGAAGCCAGUAGACAACAGUUACAGAGGUCCAGAUCAGAGUCCCAGAGUCAGGAAGACGUGUUUACUUACUUCGACAGUAUGAGUACGGCAGGCCUCGGCACCUCCACUCUAAACAGUAACAGUAAACCCAGCAACGACCUGCUGGGCCUGGACCUGUUCAGCUCACCGCUGGGCACUGCCCCGUCCAUCUCCUCAGCCUCCUUCUCACAGUCACAUUCAGCAUCAGCCUCCCCGGAGCCCUGGGGCCUGCCUUCUCCGUCGUCUGAGCUCCCCCCUGCCCUGCCAGCCAAGCAGCGACAGCUCACCCCCAGUACCCUGCCCGUACGGCCAUCAGCCACCCCACCCCCUGGGGCAGGAGAUGCCAGCAGUGUCCUUCCAGAGCAAGAGAAGUUGUCCAGACCCCCCAUGCCAGGGGCCCAGCCUGUCCUCCCCCUGCCCCCCAAAACAGCACGAGCAAAACCCAUCCCCACACCCAGGCAACAGCCCAGUCCAGACGACAUGAUCCCAGGCCACGUCAGCCCUCCUAUCCACGUCACCAGCGCGGCUCCCCUGGCUCGAGCUGAGAGCCUGUCGUCCAUCUCUUCCGGAACGUUCAGCACGGCGGGGACACCCACCGCCGCGACCUCCAGAGGUCCGUCCCCUCUGCCCGCGGGAAGCGGUACGGAGACCGUCAUACCGGUGGCCGCGGCCUUCAGCGAGACCGUCAACGCUUUCUUCAAGGGAACAGACCAGGACAAGUGUAUGGUGAAGAUAACAGGUGACUUGAUGAUGUCAUUCCCUCACGGUAUCAUCAGUGCCAUGACAACCAACCCCACUCUGACCCCGUUGACCUUCAGAAUAAAGAACAGCUCCAGACUGGAGCAGGUGCUGCCAAACAAGACUCUUAUCACACUAGACCCAGCCCAAAGCCAGUUAGAUGCCCAGGCGUACACCUUUAACAUGCCCGCAUUGCUGACGUACCUGAAACAGCAGGCAGACCAAAACAUUGGGGCCAGUUACUACAACAUUGGGAUCAUGAAGUACCAGAUGAAAACUCCAGCAGGAAUCCAGAACACGCCCCUCACACUGAUCGCGUACUGGAAGUGUGAACCACAGUCCACGGAGAUCAGAAUAGACUACGCUUACAAUGAACCAGCCUUCCCUCUAGCCACGGCACUGACCAAUGUAACUGUCCACCUUCCUGUGGACGGAGGAGUGACCAAUGUCCAGUCUAUCCCCAACGCUACAUGGAAUGCUGAAGCCAAAAGAGCACUGUGGAAGAUACCAGAAAUCUCCAAAGCAUCAGAAGGGGGAGGCAUCAGCACCCUUCGAGCCAAGUUUGACCUGAGUGAGGGGCCCAGUAAACCCAUGACCAUGGCUGUGAAGUUUAACAGUGAAGGUACAACACUGUCAGGACUGGAGCUGGAGUUGGUGGGGGGUGCGUACAGAGCCUCUCUGGUCAAGAAGAGGUUCGCUGCAGGAAAAUACAUGUGUGACAGCCAGUAGCAGUUCCUGACUGCAAAAAGAGACCAAGAAAGCCAACAGCAACGAAGAGAAAGGUACAUGUAACAUACACACCCCUGCCAUGUCCUCACAGAGGUGCAACAGCCAACAGAAUGAUGUACACUCAUGUACUCCCCCUGCCAGAUUUGUACAGAACUACAGCCACGGCCAAACCAUCUUCAUGCACUGGUUCUCGGAUUUGUUUCCUCAAGUAUUUCAGAAUGAAAAUCAGAAAACUUUAGGCCAUUUCUGUAUUAGACAACUAGACGUUUUUUAUAAAUACUUUUCGAGAAGUAUAGUGUAUCAUGCAUUUUCAUUGUAGCCCCGUUUAAUUAUCUACAAAAAGACAUGAUCAACAAAAUUCAUUAUUGGUUUGAUCUCAGGGUUUACAAGUAUUCCUACAGAGAACCAAGCAAUGACUUUGGUGCGGCCACAUGUCUAUUUGACACAGUGCAAAUUUGUACAUUAUGUCAGUGUGUGUAUGCAAACAAAUUCCGUGUGAAGAUAGAACAUAGGAAACAGUCAUUGAAAAUAGAUUGUUGUGCAUCCAGACUGUAAGGAUAUUACAUGUACUUGUAGGAGAAAUACUGUGGAAGUUUUUAAAUCUACAGGUUUUGCUUCUCAAAUAUGCUGGGGAGUACAUGCAAAAUUUCCUAAAAUGUUUCUUCUUUUAUGUAGGUUGUAACGAUAUCUUGUAAAAUUUCUAGAAAAUAUAUGAUGGGAAUCUUAGAAGUUAACUUCAUUUUUCCACAUGGCCGAAUGUAGGAAUAUCUUUUCAGAAAGGAAAAUCCAUAACAUUGGACAGUUUUAACUCUCUGGGAAUGAAGUAAUUCCAUCUGACUUACAUGUAUUAAUGAUAAGAAAGAAGUCCACAACAAUAAUAUAUCAUAAAACAAUCAUGUUUUUCUCCAAAGAGGGGUAUCAGUUAGUUUGGAUAUCACACUUGUAUCGAGACUACCGCACGUCAUUCAUUCGUACUAGGCAUGAAAAGGAAAAGAAUACGAAAACCUUGAUGCACACUUUCAUGUAAUACAUAGCCACAAGUCACUAUGAUUUUGAUAGCAAAUCACAAAAUUUAUAGUCAGUUUGCUUUCCUUUUGUUUUCAAAGCUUUAAACUGCAUAGUCACAUUGGUGUGGCUGGACAUACAUGUGUGAUUGAGCUUGGCAUUGAAAACAUGUACAACCAUCAGCAUUAUUAUAAUGGUAGUUAAAGAUGUGGAAUAAUUUUUAUAACUUGUACAGUAGAGCAGUAGAAAGCUAUGCAAUAAUUCUCAAAAUGUUCAUUUCUUAUGAUUUUGUGCCAAUGUAGGAUUUAGGGAAAGAUGAGUGAAUGUCAGAAGAUAGAAAUGUGUAGCGGACAGAAAAGCUUUGAGGAGAAAAUGGUCUUUGAGUUUGGUCAUGAAAAAUCAUGAAUACUGGAAUUUCACGUGUCACAUGCAGUGGAACCUGCAUAAAGCGACGGUCACAACCCGCCGUACGUGCUUUUUGUCCGUACGUUUUUUGGGAGGC